AUGAAUAAGCAGGCACAAGAUAAUAUGCUUUCUGUCAUCCAGAAAUUUCUCUCAAAUGCCCCACCAUCGUGCGAUGUGGAGAUCAGUGUUAAAUACAAUUUAUCCAAGGACAACACCCAACUACCGAAAACCUCAACGAUAAGAAUGAACACAGCGGCAGCAAACGAGAAUACCAGGCCUUUCACAGAACCUCGGCGUAUUGGCAGUGCAACAUUUAUGCCACGUAAAUUACGAUCUGAGGAACGAAUGGCACUGAAGGAUGCCAUCCCGAUACUCACACCCGAGAAGAAAACGGCAAGUUUUAAGCCCAUUCGACCACAUCGGCAUUGCAAAAGAUGUAACCUUGAACAAAAGUUUCAGAUGAGGGAGAAGAGGGUUCAAGAAAGGGUUUAG